AUGCAACUCGUCACCGCCUUUUCUACUCCUACAGCCCGCGAAAAGACCAGCGCGCUCAUGCGAUGGCCGGCGAUUGCGGUCGCGAGGGUCGAGGAGGAGCGCGCCAACGGACUCGGCCACAUCACCCUCGAGGCGAGUGACCUCGCGCGCCUCCCGCUCUCCCUCUCUCUCUCUCCUUCUCCUCACUCCUUCUCCUCACUUCUCCUCAUUCCGCCCUCCUUCGAGUCGGAGUCACUUCCCCUCUCUUCUGCCUCGCCUCGAGCCUCGACGCCACCAGCACCUCCUCCUCGACGCCACAACUCAACUGUCGUCAAGGACUUGGUGGACGACGCGCUGGUCCGCUCUGGGUCAAGGUUGACGUCCUCGUCGUCCUCGCCUUCGAGUGGCAGCUCCUGCAGCGCGUCUACAGGCGUCGAGGGUCGAGCGGUUUCAACACCCGCUUGGUCUGUCGAGCGUCGUUCAACCGCGCCGACCCGCUUCGCUUUCGUCUCCUGCUCUCAAAUCAGCCGCACGAUCCAGCUUUCGCGGUGCCCGACGUCGAGACGUCGCAAACAACGACUGACUGCUCGUGCGAAGCCGACUGUCCGAGCCCUCCCGCUCGACGUUCGCUGUCACCGGCGAAGGGUCCUGUGUGUAUUCCCUACCUAG